AUGGCUGAUGCUUAUGUGCUUCAUCCUAAUAACUUAACCCUAUGGCAAAAUCUUUAUAAUCAAUCGUUGACAAUCGAUGGCGAAGAAGCAAUUGUACAAACAGAUGGAACGAAACAAUUGAUUUUACUUCCAAUGAUGACUUAUACAUUGAUUUCGACAAUGCUUCAGAAAUUAAAAUAUCUACCUAAUCAAUGUUUUAACCGAAUUGUCAUUGGUGAUACUCCUAUCUGUGGACUAAAACCACUUACUCGAACGAGUCCACCACUAAUGUAUAAAUUAACUGAAAUUCUACGUCCUCUGAUCGAUGGCGUUCGAAAACAGCAUAUUCUGAAUAUAACGAUGAUUUUCUACAAGAAAAACGACAUAAAUACAGUCUAUGAUUCUUACUCGUUAGUGUUCGAUUACUCGUUAAAACUGACUGACAAUGAAGAAAAUACAUCAGUUCAUAUGAUUGCCCAUAUACUUCAUCAAAUUGAAUACGUCUUCAAUUGGAACGAUGCUUUACCAAAUGAUGUUGAAUUGACUUUUGUUGCAUCAGCACUGGAUCAAUUUGAAAAUAAAAUCAAUCCUGUUCCAUCACCAUUUCAUUUUCUUCAAGAAAACGUAACGAAAGUAUAUAUGGAAAACGAAGCAAACCAUUUGAUGGGUCGUUUAGCAACACCAAAUGGCAAACUCUGGUUGAAAUUUUUACCUCAAACUCGUUCAUUGUCGGGAUCGAGUAUUAAUUCAGAGGACUUACCAACACAUGCAAAUCUAUUUGCCGAAAAACGAAAAACACGAGAGAGUGACCAGUCAAGUGUUGAUACACCUGUUGUUCCAUCACCGAAAUUACGAAAAGCGACGAAACGAUUGGUUAAAUCAUCCGAUCAAAACAAGAGUAUUUCUGACACUGCACCUUUAUCAUCGUCUACGACAACGAAAAGUAAAAAGAAAAAUGGUUUCUUCUCUGCCGUCAAAUCACUGAUUACACCAUCUCGAGCGCCAGCACCAGUUACAUCUUCAACACCAAAUGCCGAUGAUCUCGUCUUAAUUCGACAUACAAGUACACCGAAACCUGGCGAAACAGCGUCUCGUAUCACUGUUGGUCCCCGUAACGGUGCACCAGCACUCUCGGCUAUUUAUGAAAAUUCUACACCUGAUACUCGACCACCAGUCAAUAUCAAUUCACCAACACCAUCGACAAUCACAGCAACCGAUAUCUCAUCAGCAGCAACACCAAUGAUCGCUGUAGAACGUCGCAGUACAGUACGUGGUCAAGCGGCUACUGCUCGGAAAAAGAUUGCUGAAAUGCAAAUUCACGAUGAUGACGUUCGUGAUGAUGAUUAUAACCACAAAGAUGACGAAGAUGAGGAUGAUGAUGAUGAACAAUUCAAGAAACUUUUCAGUCGGUUAAGAAGAAAGAAAUCAAAAUCAGCAGCAGUAGUUCCAACAAAAAAGACCCAAAAUUUGUCCGAUGUUUCAUCGAUUUCAUCGUCUACUUCAAAUACUGAAUCCAUCUUUACACCGCCGACAGCACGAAAACGACCAACAACAGACCGAACUGGCGAAGACGAUCUUAUUGCCGAGCACGGCACACCACCAAAAACACCGCGUACAGGUCGUCGUAAUCGCAUUGAGGAUCAAACAUCGAUGGAUACGAGUGACUUUCCAGUGAAUAUUGAUUCACCUCGACUUCUUCGUAGUGUUACGAAAAAACUUCAACAUCAAGCAUCAGCUAAGAAACAAUUAGAUUACGAUGAAGAAACAUUUGCAUCGAAUCAAUCAAAAACACAGGAAAGUACAGCAGAUGAUGAAGAACUAAAUCGUGUUUUUAUUCAACUCGAACGGUCAUCGAUUGCUCUGCAUUAUUCUAUGGAUGAAUCCGAUUAA